GGUCACGUGACAUGUGAACCACAUGAGGAAACGUAACAUCUGGCUGCCACCAACAGCAACAUUCAAGCUAAAAGCCACUUUACAUUUUUACACAAAGGUGUAUGAUAUAGUUGUUAAGACGAUAUGGCUGAUACUCACUGGGGAAAUAUGUAAAAUACAGUUUAUAUUGUUAAUAUAUUUACAGCAGUUACAUAGAAGGGUGUGUUUUACGUGCUACUUUCAAGUGCUCCUUCCCGGCAUCCGUUUUCGUGAAGCUUUUGAUUACAGUUGCCUAAAAAGGACUAGCACAAAUUGAGGUAACUUAAAAUUCAGCUUUGCUUUGCGUGUCUUUUAGUUUGAAUUGACUUGAAUAUGUUCGGCUGAAGGAAACAACUCAAUAUGAAUCGAUUAACUUUCAGUUUUACAUGAUGUCCUCAAAGUGCACAUGGCAGUGGCAUGUGUGGUGAUUUAGCACGUUUCGGCGAGGUCACUCAAGAGUUUCCCUGCGUUGGAAAAUGUUUCCGGAGAACAGAGACAUUGAGAAACCCAAUCCUUUGGCAAAUGCGGGAUUUUUUUCACAGCUUUUUUUGUGCUGGGUAAGUCCUUUGCUACACGUCGGACACAAGCAAAGGCUGGAGGAAAGUGACCUCUACACAAUUCUUCCUGAAGAUGAAUCAGAAGUACUGGGACAAGACCUGCAGAGGUGCUGGGAUCUUGAAGUUAAAAAGGCUACAAAACAACUACGGAAGCCUAAGCUGACCAAAGUCCUUAUUAGGUGCUAUGGGAAGUCUUAUGCUGUAGCGGGACUGUUUGCGUUUUCCUUGGAGGCCAUUAAAGUCAUCCAGCCACUUCUUCUAGGGAAAAUAAUAAUGUUCUUUGAGAAUUAUGAUGCAGAUGACCAAAGUGGUCUUUGCGCAGUAUACGGCUGCGCUGCUGCCAUGUGCGUCUCCACCGUCGGUUUGACUAUCCUCCAGCAUCUCUAUUACUAUUUUGUCCAAAGAACAGGCAUGAAGAUGAGAGUGGCCGUGUGUCACAUUAUAUACUGCAAGGCUCUUCGUCUCAGCAGCCAAGCGAUGGGACAAACCACCACAGGCCAAAUUGUGAACCUCCUUUCAAAUGAUGUCAAUCGUUUUGAUGAGAUUACACUCAAUCUGCACUACCUGUGGGUGGGACCUCUUCAGGCAGUUGUGAUCAUCUCUUUCCUUUGGUAUGAGAUCGGGCCCUCAUGUUUCGCAGGCAUGGCUGUACUUGCCUUCAUGAUGCCCGUGCAGACGUGGUUUGGAAAGCUUUUUGGAAUCUUCAGGAGUAAAACAGCGGUCCUUACUGACAGUCGGAUCCGCAUCAUGAACGAAGUGGUGUCUGGCAUCCGAAUAAUCAAGAUGUACGCAUGGGAAAACCCCUUUUCAUCUCUAGUCACAGAGUCCAGAAGAAAGGAAAUAAACCAGAUCAUGAAGAGCUCCUACCUGCGAGGACUCAACAUGGCAUCGUUCUUCGCCAGUAGUAAGAUUGUGGUGUUUGUCACCUUUGUGGUGUAUGUUAUGCUGGGCAACAGUAUCAGCGCCAGGCGAGUGUUUGUCACGGUGUCUUUGUACGGAACCAUCAAGCUCACUGUCACGCUGUUCUUCCCGCUGGCCAUUGAAAAACUGUCAGAGACCAUCGUCAGCAUUCACAGGAUCAAGAAUUUCCUUCUCCUGGAUGAAAUGAGUAGAAGAAAGUUAACACUCGAGGAAAAGAACCCAAACACCAUCGAGAUGAAGAGGCUGACGUGCUACUGGGAUAAGGUUCUGGAUUCGCCAUCUCUGCAAAACAUCUCGCUCACCGUGAAGUCACAUCAGCUUCUGGCUAUAAUAGGACCAGUAGGAGCGGGGAAGUCGUCGCUGCUGAGUGCCAUUCUGGGCGAGCUGUCUCAUGACACUGGAACGAUGACCGUUAGAGGUCAACUCAACUACGCAUCCCAGCAACCCUGGGUGUUUCCAGGGACCAUCCGCAGUAACAUCCUGUUUGGGAGAGUGCUGAAUCCCCAGAAGUAUGAAAGAGUACUGAAGGCCUGCGCUCUAAAGAAGGUGAGUUUGGACCUGGAGUUACUCCCAGAUGGAGACCUAACCCUCAUCGGGGACAAGGGAGGCACCCUCAGCGGGGGUCAGAAGGCUCGCAUCAACCUGGCCAGAGCUGUGUAUGAGGAAGCAGAUAUCUACCUCUUAGAUGAUCCUCUGAGUGCUGUAGAUGCCGAAGUUGGAAAAUAUCUCUUUGAAGUGUGCAUCUGUGGUCUGUUGAAGAACAAGUGUCGCAUCCUGGUUACUCAUCAACUUCAGAAUCUGUGGACAGUUGAUCACAUAGUGGUGAUCAAGGAGGGUCGUAUCAUGGCCCAGGGUACCUACAGCGAGUUGCAGAGCUCCGGCCUUGAUGUUGGCUUCCUGCUAAAAAGUCAGGAGGAACAGGAGCAUCAAUAUCUGUCAGCCAACUGUGACAAGGAGUCACUCUCUAGCAAGAGGACCAAUCACUCAAGCAGUUCACUCUACGCACACAGCACACUCCUCCCACCAGAGAGCAGUGUUCCUGACCUGCUUCCCGUCGAGAGUGCACACACAGCUCAGGAGGAGGCCCGUGCUGAAGGAAAUGUCAGCAAGGACAUUUAUGUCAAGUAUUUUACUGCCCACUGUCAUCCUCUGAUCUUACUGGCUAUUCUGCUCCUCAGUGUCAUUGCUGAGGCUGCAUAUAUUCUGCAGGACUGGUGGCUGGUGUUCUGGGCCAAAGAUGAGCUCAACAACACCAGCACGGUUGUGAUUGUUGAGAAAAGCACCAAUCAGUCGUCUGCCUUAUACCAAGGCACAAAUCUUCCGUUUUAUCUGGGCAUUUACUCUGGUUUGACUGCUGCCGCCGUGGUCUUUGGCUUUGCCAGGUGUUUAGUGAUUUUUCACGGGCUAGUAAAAUCCACUCAGACACUGCACAACCGCAUGUUCAACGCUGUCCUCCGCACCCAAGUCCACUUCUUUGACGUCAACCCCAUAGGAAGAAUCCUCAACCGCUUUUCCAAGGAUAUCAGCCAGAUGGACUCCCUGUUACCACUCACCUUUGUGGAUUUCUAUCAACUUUUUUUGCAGAACGUGGGCGUUCUGGUCAUUGCGGCCUCUAUCAUCCCUCUCCUCUUGGUCUCCAUCGCUCCCCUGCUCUUCAUCUUCCUGUACCUGCGGCGUUACUAUCUCUCCACGUCACGAGAUAUCAAACGUCUGGAGUCCAUAACACGCAGUCCGGUCUUCUCCCAUCUUUCAUCAUCCCUCCAGGGCCUGUGCAGCAUCCGAGCCUUUGGAGGAGAGGAGAGGUUAACGAAAGCCUUUGACUCACACCAGAACCGGCACUCAGAAGCGUGGUUUCUCUUCCUGAUGACAUCCCGCUGGUUUGCCCUCCGCCUGGACAGCAUUUGCUCCGUCUUUAUCACCGUAGCAACAUUUGGGUGCAUUUUACUCAGAGAUGGUUUGGAUGCUGGCGAGGUGGGCCUGGUGUUGACGUACGCUGUGACGCUGAUUGGAAACUUCCAGUGGACCGUGAGGCAAAGUGCCGAGUUAGAGAACAUGAUGACAUCUGUAGAGAGAGUGGUGGAGUACACCGAGUUAAAGUGUGAAGCACCCUGGGAAACCAAGACGCGCCCUCCUCUUGAUUGGCCCAGUCAAGGCCAGGUUACCUUUGACCGGGUGCAUUUGUCGUAUAGUGUCGACGGGCCACUUAUCCUCAAGGACAUCAAUGCCAUCUUCUGCCCCAGUGAGAAGGUGGGCGUCGUGGGUCGGACGGGAGCCGGGAAAAGCUCCCUGGUGAUGGCUCUUUUUCGCCUGGCAGAGCCACAAGGGAACAUCUACAUCGAUGGCGUGUUGACCUCUGAGUUGGGUCUGCACGACCUGCGGCAAAAGAUGUCGAUUAUACCUCAGGAUCCAGUGCUGUUUACUGAUACUGUGAGGAAGAACCUGGACCCCUUUAACCAGCAUACUGAUGCUGACCUGUGGAAGGCUCUGGAGCAGGUCCAGCUAAAGUGCAUGGUGGAGGAGCUUCAUGCAAAGUUGGAGACGGUUCUAGCUGAGUGUGGCUCCAACUUUAGUGUUGGUCAGAGGCAGCUGCUGUGCCUGGCCAGAGCCAUCCUGAGGAAGAACCGCAUCCUCGUCAUUGACGAGGCCACAGCCAAUGUGGACCCCAGGACAGACGAGCUGAUCCAACUAACCAUCCGACGGGAGUUCAGAGAUUGCACCGUGUUCACCAUUGCUCACCGACUCAACACCGUCAUAGACAGCGAUCGCAUACUGGUGCUGGAUGAGGGUAGAAUACAAGAGUUGGAUCAUCCUUUUAACCUUCUUCAGAACAAAGAUGGCGCUCUGUACAGGUUGGUUCAGCAGUUGGGCCCGGCUGAGGCUGAAUCUUUGUUGGAAGCAGCUAAACAGGCAGCGAAGACGACCUGACUGGUCGAAGCUGAUGGAGCAGCAAUCACUUGAGUAGCAGAUGUGGGCAGUGCCUGCAGAAACACUGAGUGAGGUUUGUCAGGGUUUAAGAAUGUUGAAGAGGUGAUCAUCAGAAUCCAAAGGGGUGAAAAGGUUUGAAAGUGUUCCCUUUUGGGUCAAUCGCUAUUAGAUGUUGAAAGGACAAUUACAACAAUAAGAAAUAAUCAUUAGCUAUUAAAGAGUGUGGAACAAAUCUUUAGAAUUUGAUCAAUGUUGAUAGUCCGAUUGCAUGAGAAGAGGGUAAAAGUUUGUAAGGAGAGACUGCUCACUGGUUUAGCUUGCAAUAUUACUUAUGCUACUGUACAAUCUCAAACAUAUUAAGACAUUUUAAAACUGUUUAUGACCUGGAUUACUGAGAAUCUAUACUGAAAUGUCGCUUUGAACCUUGGGAAGGACACCCAGCAUCAGGUGCGAGAGUAAGAAAUGAUGGCAAGGAAAAUUGCAGAUACAGUAGGAACCAGAUUGGCUUCAAUCUAAGAUGUUGACAGAACACUAACAUCUAAAAGCCUAGGUCUUCACUCCACUGUCGAGUCCUAAACUUCUCCAGAAAACACAGAACAAGCUUAACCAUUCAUGUUCUCAACGAGGAGGUCAACCAGAUCUCCAGACAACUCCAAAACACUUGAUCAGUCACAGUCAUCUAAGAAGUUUCUCAGUUCGUGGCCAGAGCCCAGAUGGUACAAGACAACAAGCGCGAGGAGCGACAAACACGGAAACGUAAACGCCUACUGGCUAGACCUACUCACCCUAUAACGACAACCACCCCACCAGAACAAAAAGACUCUACUGCAUUCAAUCAAACAACAAUGGGUAAUGAACUUUUCUGUUGCUCGGAUUAAUGGCACAGAUGUGUUCUUUACUCAAAGACAACACAACUAAACAUUGUACUUGUGAGAAAAUGCCUUCCACAAACCGUCUAUGUCUUUGUCUCAAAAGUAUUCUCUGUCAAUUGACUGUCUGUUGUCGUACUAGAGCGGCUCCAGCUACCGGAGACAAAUUCCUCGUGUGUUUUUGACAUACUUGGCAAAUAAAGAUGACUCUGAUUCUGAUGAUGGAGGUUUGGCUCCCAGUCCGUCCAAAGUCAAACUUUCUGCCACCCGUAAGUACCCUAGCGCGUAUUGUUUGCAAUCAUUCUGAAACUGUCUAUUGAUAAAACUCACUUUAUACUACCUUGAGUAUGUUUCUUUUCUUCAUAAGUCUUUCAGUUUUUGGGUACCGAUGGGUAUCUCUUUUUCGAUGUGGCGAAAGUUGUUUUGAUGAAUUUCUUCCAAGCCGCCAUCUCAAAGCUGACCAAUUGCUUCAUUCUCUGGGUUGCCAGUUCUUAGCACUAAAUAGAUGACUGACUGUUACCUGCAGUCAGGGAUGCUGAAAGAGAUGUGAUGACAAUGCAAAGGGCCCAAGACUGACAGGGGUAGAAAAUUAUUUGUUUAGUGGGGCCCAUAGUGAGAUUUUGUCACCGGACCCCAAAUCCCUGGUGGCAUUCCUCCCUGGCGUAGCAGCAAUACAUAGUUUGAGGUUGCCACGUAAUGAAAAAAAGCUAAUGGCAUCAUGCGUAAGUUUGGGGUGGCCCUUAAUGGCUGCAGGCCUUUAAGUUGUAGUAGUUGCUUGACAGACAAGCAUUGACACCUAUUGUCAAUUUGGAGUCUUCAGUAAGAACCUUGUUUUUUAGCUUAGGGUACAACAUGUAAACUCCACACAGGAGGGCCUGAGCCAAAAUACGAACCCAGAACUUCUCGACUUUAAGGCAGAUUAAUUAACCACAUGCACGCCCAUGCCACCCAGUCAAUCACCUCUCCAGGAAAUUUGCAGACACUGCACCACCAAACAUCCAUAAAGCCAUCCAUUCUCAACACCGCUUAUCCUGGUUAGGGUCGCGGGGCGCUGCAGCCUAUCUAUCCCAGCCGACUUCGGGCGAAAGGCAGACUACACCCUGAACUGGUCGCCAGUCAGUCGCAGGGCACAUAUAGACACGGCCAACCAUUCGCACUCACAUUCACACCGUCACUGAGUGGAAACUGAACCCACGCUGCCCGCGCCAAAGUCAGAAGAGUGUACUACUACACCAUCAGUGACCACCACCAAACAUCAAAAGAAAAUUUUGCGUCCACUGUAUGCAUGACAAAUAAUGUCAAAAAUGUUUUCCAAAAAUAUAAACAUACCAAAUCCUCCUAUUUGUAGUAAUGCAGUGAAUAUCUCAGAGGACUAUACUGGGUCAGUUGCAUACUGUUUUUUUUUUGUUGUUGUCUUUUAAAAUUAAUUGUGGUGAUUUAUAUUCAUCAAUCAAAUAUUGCUUGUUUUCACCAUUUUGAUUUUAUACUGUGAUUUUAACUUAAGCUGUGUUUUUUUUCUUCUUUUCAUUAACCCUGAUUUUAUGUUAGAAUUUAUUUGGGUUUUCAUCUUUUCAUUUAGCUUUUUUAAUCAUUAUUUCUUUGCCUCUGUAAAGCACUAUGGAUUUACCUCGAGUAUGAAUGGUGCUACAUGAAUAAACUAUCCUUGUUCAAACAUAAAAACUCUCUCCAAAUACUUCUCUACACAUUUGUUCAAAUUUGUCAAUUACAGAAUUCAAACCUGAGCCCCCGAGUGUGAUCAAAUUGUAGGCAAUUUACAUUUUUCUUUCAUCUAUAGAUGUAAUUAUUUUAAAAUGUACAUUAAAUGGUUCAUUUAAUUUAAAAACAUUUCUAAUUUUUACAUCCAGUGACUACAUUUUCUAGAUCAUUUUGAACAAUAUUUCCAUUUUUUGUUGACCUUACUUGGUAAGAGAAACCCAAUCAAAUAUUUUAAACUAGAGAAUGCAAUAUCUGUAGAAAUUUUGUGUGAAGCCAAACUGUAAAGCUUGUGAAGCCAAACUGUAAAGCUGUGAACUUAAUUGAAAUGUUGAAAGUAGAAAGUGUGUGACGCUUGACAUAAAAUGUGGAAGGAAUAUGGAAAAUUUGUGGAAUGGGUAUAGUUCUUGAGAUGUCCUGAAUGAGUUGAAUACUUUGAAUUUGGAAUAGUUUGAAUCAGUCAAGAAAUGUGGAUGGAGGAGGGAAUAAUGUAAACAAUGUCUUAAUUAAAAAUACAUUUUGAGUUUA